AUUUCUAAGCAGAGGUAAACAAACUGUGAAAGAGGCAGGGACCGACAGUAUCUGCUGCAGGAGGCGGAGAAAACGGCAAGAUCCCAGGCAGAGGGCUUGGACCAUGGAUGCAGGGGCAGCAUCGAGGUGGAGAGGGAAGGUGUAGGGUCACGGAAGAAGGGGGCAGGAUGCAGGGCUAGUGGGGCAAGACUGAGAAUAAGGUCGGAGGACGGAUAAAUGUUGGGGCUUGAGGUAUACGGGGAAGGGUGCGGGGCAAGAGCCGUGCUAAUGCUGGAGAGUUAGGGGGAAAGAGCUCGGAUAGCCAAGCACCAGGGAGGCAAGAUUCAGGGCUAGGGGCUGUGGACAGGGGUGAAAAAGAGGGACAGGAAAUUUAGAGCCAGACUCUCGAGGCAGGAUGUGACUAGGAAUAAGGGGCAACUGCUGCAGGAGUUGUUAAAUAUAUUUUCCUCUUCUGUUUGUGCCUCACUGGUUAACUUCCUGGAAGUGGCACAAGAGACACCUCCAAAUUCCCUGCUUGCAGCUGCCCUACCCCUUUACUCUGUCCGAGAGAAAGUGGAGGACAUACCUCGGGGUUACUACCCUUGCUGUCAAAGAGAGCCAGUUGCAAGGGGGAAAGAGGGUAGGGGUAGGGGUGGAGAAAAAACCCCUCUCCACUGUUCACGGGGAAGUCUAGAGUGCUAAGGAGGUAGCAAGUGGCCUCAUCCACCCCAAGGGCUAUGGAACGGGUAGAGAUGAUCAACAUCCGGCGCCUUCUGGAGGCAGCUGAAUACCUGGAGCGAAGAGAAAGAGAGUGUGAACAUGGUUAUGCCUCAACUUUCCCCUCCAUGCCGAGCCUUGGACUACAGGAUCCAAAGCCACCGCAGAGGUUGAGCCGGGCAAGGAAGCAUAGCAGUGGAGGUAGCACGACAGGCACUGCUAACAGGUCUACGCACAACGAACUAGAAAAGAACCGACGUGCUCACCUCCGCCUGUGUCUAGAACGUUUAAAAGUUCUGAUACCACUAGGACCUGACUGCACCAGACACACGACCCUCGGGCUGCUUAACAAAGCCAAAGCACAUAUCAAGAAACUUGAAGAGGCUGACAGAAGAAGCCAGCAUCAGCUCGAGAACCUGGAAAGGGAGCAGAGGUUCUUAAAGCGAAGACUGGAGCAGCUGCAGGGCUCUCCAGAUAUAGAACGAAUACGAAUGGACAGCACUGGAUCAACCAUUUCCUCAGACCGCUCUGAUUCGGAGCGGGAAGAAAUCGAAGUGGAUGUGGAAAGCACAGAGUUCUCCCAUGGAGACGUGGAUGAUAUCAGCACAACCAGUACAAGUGACAUUGAUGACCACAGCAGCUUGCAGAGCAUUGGGAGUGAUGAGGGUUACUCCAGUGCUAGUGUCAAGCUCUCCUUCACUUCCUAGAGUACGGUGCUAGGGCAGAGCAGCUGAUUUCUUUGGGGCAAUUGAAGUUCACAUGGCAGAGCUCUUGAUACAGUAUUUUACUUCUCCCAGUCACACUUCCAGCAGCUAAGCUUGGACAGACACAACUCUAGAAUAGCCCCAUGGGUCCACAGGAGGGUGGGUACCUAACAGGAGAGCCAGCCAGUCUCCAUAUUGUCAUAGUCCAUAAUCCUGACUUAGUGUUGAAUCCAUAGCUAUUUUGAGGUGUGAGACAGCACUCCAGUUGCAUACAGCUGAGAUUUGCCCACGUAUAGCAGAUAGCUUUGGUCUGAGAUUAUUUGAUUGGAUGGAAUCUUGGCUAUUCAGGCUCUGAUACUUUCUAAUUGGUCACAAUUCCUGAGAAGUUACCUUUUUAUCCAUUAAACUUAACAAACUUGUUAAGGCCCUUUGUGGUGCUAAUAAUAAAUAAGAAAAAGUUUGUCUAAUAUCUACUAUAAUCUAGUAUACAUGGGAUAGCCAUGAGUUGGUCCCAAAUUAUGGGACAAAGUAGCCAAGGUGAUAAAGUUUAUUGGAUCAGCCUCUCCCGAUGAGUUUGCACAAUAUCCUGAACUACAAAGCUGUUUUGCAGGCUCCUUAAAAUGUCACCACUCCGUUUAUGCCCUUUUUUGCCCUUAAGAGAAUGAUGAAGUUGGACAGCUUGUGUACUCUCACCAGCAGAAGCUAGUCCAAUCAACGCCUUCUACCCACAGGGUUUCUUCAGCCAGCUUUGAUCAUUAUUACCUAAGAAAUAACAAUAAUAGCAAAAAGCUCUGCUCACGCCCUGUGAAAGAGAGGUGCUGCAAACCUGGAAGCAAUUCCCAUUCAGCUCAACUUUCCGCUGGACAUUGUUUCAAGGCAAGAGCUUGUGCCGCAUGAUUUAGCACUAGAGUAUUGAGCUGUAACAUACCAGCACACAGUGCAACUGCUCUCUGGAUUGAAUGGCUACGGCAGUAACUCCUUGUCUAGAAUGAUGCUCGUGACACAGAGAGCAAGAGACAGACAGACAAGUCCGUAAAAGAAAUGAUGGUGUGCAGGAAAGGCACAGCCUCCAUUCUGAGCCACAAUGACCUUUUUCUUUUGCAAAUUAUUUUGAUAAAUGUUUGUAAAAGUUGUUUCGGUGAGAGAACCUACAUGCAACAAUGUCUUUUUAGAACUCCUAGGCAUGAUUCUGCAAAUGUCUUUUAUAAUUAACACCAAUGCAAAGGGACCUGUUUUUCCGCUGCCAUGCACAAAAGGAACAGGGACUCUCCUUGGGUUUUAUGGCUCUUCCUUUUGGUUUCCUUUUUGGACUCCCUUUGCAAACUUUGCCACUUGGAUCCCUACCAUAGUCAUGGAUCCAUAGCUUACGUAGCACGUGAUUAAUUGUAACAGUCUGCCAGCAAGGUUCUCCAGGGGAACCCUCCAUUUCCCCCUGAGCAGGAACUGUUGUCUUGCUGUUAACAAGAUAAGAUUGUAUCCAAUGUUUUUAUCAUUUUUCUUUUGAGAUGAGCUUUCUAACCUGCACUUUGAGGUCUUUGCUUUCCCUUUUAAGCUUUUUAACCACAAGGAUUCUUAUUUUUCCUUUACCAAGUUUAAACUUUAUCUCUUUUUUUCCAAUAGACCUCAUUUAUGACACUUGUUUGAGACUUUUAAGUAAUUUGCCUACCCCCUAAUUACUAAGGGAAAAAAAGAGAAAAAUAAGAAAAAAUGCUUUAUAAAACUCAUAACUUAUUGCUGAUUAUAAUUACUGAGUUGUUAAUUUCAGUCCUGUAGAUUUUUAAUUUUAUUAUUUCUAGAUAGGGCUGGGCAACAAAAAAAUAAAAAAAGACAAAAUAAAAAAACAAGGUAACCUCAUUUAGCAGUGCAGUGGAAUUGUGUUUAAAUGUUAGCAUAUGGUUCUGCUUAAUAGUAGCACUUUAACACCAUUAAACAUUUCUGUAUCUGAAAUGCACUGUGUUCUGCCAUUUUGGUCACUCAUGAGACUUUUAGAAUACCCAUGUUGUUUGUGUCUGGAUGGUUGUUUUUCUUCUUUUUUUAAAGCCUUUGACCAUGUGAUUAGAUGACCCCAAAUGA